AUGCAACAACAAAACAUACAACGAAAGUCGGUUCCCGAACCCGCCUAUCUACCUAUGCCAGGCCCACAGUACACCAUCGGUGCAGACGGGAACAUGCAAUACGACGCCGGCGCAACCAUGACCGCGCAAAUGAACACCACCAACAUCAACGGCGGCAUAGCCGGCAACCACAAAUACCAAAGCGAGCUCAGCGGCGGCGGCGAGUCCGACGUGCUCCUGCGCUGGAGUUUCAUCCGCGACGGGUCGACACCACAAUACACGUUUGCGAUGCAGCGGCUUGGUUUAUCGCGACAGCAGUUCGAGAGCGACUGCGCGGAGAUAUAUCGGCUGAAUAAUAAGGGAGGCGAGAUUAUCGAUUGGGUGUUUUGCUGUAUCCCUUGUGGGAGCACGCUGGAUGGUGAUAAGGUUAUGAUUGAUCCCGCGCUGCCCGAGAUUAAUAGGAGGAUGCAGAGGGCUGGAGUGCCGUUGGCGUAUUCGUAUACGAUUUAUUGGCAGUUGAGGCCGGUGCUGCAUGAACUUACACUGCGGCAUGUGCCAUUAUGA